UAUUGCAUCAUAGAAACCCAAUCUCUCCAUAUUGUGCCAACGUCAUACACAACCACAAACCCUAGCCUUGUGUAGCACCUUCUCAGAUCUGACUAUUCCGCAAACCCCUCAAUCUUACCGAUGGGUUCCAGAAAGACCGAUUUCGGCGACGGCGCUAGUCCUGGAAAAAUCUUUAUUGGAGGUCUAGCGAAAGAGACAACGUUAGAACAAUUUGUGAAGUACUUUGAGAAGUAUGGGGAGAUAAUAGACUCGGUGAUUAUGAAGGAUAGGUAUACUGGUAGACCCAGAGGUUUUGGGUUCAUCACUUACGAAGAUCCAUCCGUUGUAGACACUGUUAUAGCCGAAAACCAUAUUAUCAAUGACAAACAAGUUGAGAUUAAAAGAACCAUUCCGAAAGGAUCUGCUGAGUCAAAGGAUUUUAAAACAAAGAAGAUUUUCGUUGGUGGCAUUCCAACUACCAUGACUGAAGAUGAAUUCAAGAACUUUUUCUCCAAGUUUGGGAAAGUAACAGAGUACGAGAUCAUACGAGAUCAUGUGUCCAAGCGUUCUAGAGGUUUUGGAUUUAUUGUGUUUGACAAUGAACAAGUAGUUGAUAAUUUACUGGCUGAGGGAAAUAGGAUUGACAUGAUGGGUACUCAGGUUGAGAUCAAGAAGGCAGAACCAAAGAAACCCUCAAACCCAGCAUCUGCUCCUGCAUAUGGUAGUGACUCUAGGGGGCGUGGAUAUGGUGAUAGUUAUGGAGGAUUUGGCAAUUCAUAUAGCGGUUUUGGCAGUGGCGGUUUUGGCCCUGCUUCUUAUAGGUCGUUUGGAGCUAGGUUUGGUGAAUAUGGAUACGGUGGCGGUGAAUUUGGUGGUAGAUAUGGAGACUUUGGUGGUAGUGAUUUUGGUGGUUACCGUGGGGACCCGUCACUUGGUUAUUCUAGUCGUUUUGGCUCUUACGCUGGUGGGUUUGGUGGGGGAUAUGGUGGCAGUGGACUAGGUUCAUAUGGCCGUGGAGGUGGUUAUGGAGGUUAUGGUGGAGUUGGCCCUGAUGCUAGUUAUGAAUCUGGCGGUGCUGGUUACGGUGGACCAGGAGGUUUAUAUGGAAGUAGGGCAGGCUAUAGUGGCAGUGGCCGUUACCAUCCUUACUCCAGGUAGAUUUUCCUAAGCGAUGUAGGAGUUGCAUUCAGGUCUCUUGGUUAUUGCAUCCUCAGCCCAGGGUUGAGUAGAUAUUUGGAGCACUAGCAAGCAGACACCACCUAGAAGAUUUGAAGAGCCCUAGUUUGCCACAUUUUAUUACUACUGUGCGACCAGAGAAUCAUAUCUAGAUAAAUAUAAUAUAAUUUGUGCUUUGUCUUAGGUUAGACAUUUUCUCCUUCUAUGAAAUAUGGAUUAGCUAGAACCUACUUUUGGAGUUAUUCAUGUGUCUUGUAAGUUUGGUUUCAUAGAUACAUGUGAUGCAGGCAGGCUCUUAUUGCUCUCUAUUUAGUAAGUACUCUCCUCAUCAGGAAUCACUCUAUGAUAGAUUCAUGUGUCUUGUGAGUUUGGUUUCAUAGCUACAUGUGUUGCUUCUCUAUUUAAUAAGUAUGCACCUAAAGUGAAAAUGAUAUUUAAGUGCAAGUAUGCACCAUUCUAUGAUAGAUUAAUGAUAUUUUUAUGUUUAGAGAUCUAUGGUUCUUGGUGUCUAGUUGUCGGCUUGAUUGGUGUAGUUGGCUUAGCUUGGUCACACUCAAUCAUAGUUGGUGGAUAUUUUAAGUUGUUUUCCUUCGUGCCACUUGAGUUUUUUAGAAAUGUGUGUUGAGCCACGUACCUGAGAAUUUGAUGAAGCCAUUUACAUUUUAAGGCUUAAAUUGGAGAAAUGUUAGUCUGCUCCAUUUAGUUGUGACAGGAUCUUUGUGUCUUGUUUCUACCAUUCAUAGUUAAAGUGCUCACAGUGCUUACAUGUUUUGUGCUGGAGUGCUGUCCCAUAAUACUUUCUUUUGUUUUCUCCCACUUCAUCUUUUUCUCCUUCGCUUAAAUUGUUUUCUGUCUUUAUUCAAGAUUUAAUUUGUUUAUAAUCUCAGGUUAGUGUCUUUAGUUAGCGCUUUCCUGUUGUAAAUGCCUUAAAUCCAGAUCUAAUUUUGUCUCAAGAAUGAUGUACUGGUCACAGUUUUGUAAAUUCAUCUUCUAUUCGAGUUUAUAUAACCUUUUGAAACGC